ACAGUUUAAAAAAUUCUCAGUUCUCAGACAACGUUCGCAAAAUGGAUAAAAUAUUGCUGAUUACUAUGUUAGCGCUUUUAGCGACAACAGCGGCAGAACCACUAUUGUAUAGCUCCAGUAUCUUUGCAUCUCCUUUCACUUCUGCGGCCUUGGUAGCACAGCCAGUAGCGCCAGUUGCACCAGUGGCACCCGUUGCCCCAGUUGCACCAGUUGCACCAGUUGCACCAGUUGCAGCUGUUGCACAAUCUGUUCCCGCAUCAUACGCUGCAAUUCCUUACGCAUCUGUAUCAGAUUACAGAUAUUCGUAUGGUUCAUCGUUGAAUCUACAAGACUAUUUAAGUGUACCAUUGCCGUAUAAUCUUCCUUACACCUUAACUGAUUUGUAUUAUCGUUGAAUGAUUUCUUUAUUUUGUUAAAU